GCUGUGGACUGUGCCAGGGGUGGAGGGGAUUCGGCCUGGCUGGAGCCCUGGGCUCCCUAGGGCUAGGGCUGCAUCAUGGGGUACUUCCUUGGGGUGCCCCUGUGGCCUCCAGUCGGACCCCUCUGUCUCCUACUUGCCGGAGCAGCCUGGGCGCCUUCACCUAGCCUCCAGGACCCCAAGUUUGAGGGCAAAGCGGCCAUGCUGGCAUCCCGUGGCUCGGAAGAACUUAUGUGCUUCACAGAGCGAUUGGAGGACUUGGUCUGUUUCUGGGAGGAAGCAGUGGGCUCCAACUACAGCUUCACUUACCAGCUCGAGGGUGAAUCACGAAAGUCGUGUGGCCUGCACCAGGCGCCUACAACCCGCGGUACAGUGCGUUUCUGGUGCUCACUGCCUACCGCAGACACAUCAAGCUUCGUGCCCCUGGAACUGCGAGUCAUAGCCACCUCCGGGACUCUGCGCUAUCACCGUAUCAUCCACAUCAAUGAAGUAGUGCUCUUGGACGCCCCCACAGGGCUGCUGGCACGACGGGCUGAGGAAGGCAGCCACGUGGUGCUGCGCUGGCUGCCACCUCCUGGGGCACCGAUGACCACCCAUAUCCGAUAUGAGGUGGAUGUGUCCGCAGGCAACGGUGCAGGGGGAGUGCAGAGGGUGGAGAUCCUGGAAGGCCGCACAGAGUGUGUUCUGAGCAACCUGCGGGGCGGUACGCGCUACACCUUCUCAGUGCGCGCACGCAUGGCAGAGCCCAGUUUCAGCGGUUUCUGGAGCGCUUGGUCUGAGCCCGCGUCGCUGCUGACCACUACUGACCUGGACCCGCUAAUCCUGACGCUGGCUGUCAUCCUGGUCCUCAUCGCGAUGCUGCUGAUAGUGCUGGCUCUGCUCUCCAACCGCCGGAGCCUGAAGCAGAAGAUUUGGCCUGGCAUCCCAAGCCCAGAGAGCGAAUUUGAGGGUCUCUUCACCACCCACAAGGGUAACUUUCAGCUGUGGCUGUUGCAGCAUGAUGGUUGUUUGUGGUGGAGCCCAUGGACCCCUUUCUCUGAGGACCCACCAGCCCGACUGGAAGUCCUCUCGGAGUGCUGUUGGGGGAUCACCCAGGCCUCCAGGCCUGACAUGGAUGAUGAGGGGCCCUUGCUGGAGCCAGUGGACAGUGAGCAAGCCCAGGACACCUACCUGGUGUUGGAUGAGUGGUUACUGCCUCGGAGCCCAGGCAGCAAGGACCUCUCAGGACCUGGGGACACUGUGGGUCCAGUGGCUGUGGAUGAAAGCUCCAGAGCAUCUUCCUGCUCCUCUGACUUGGCCUUGAAGCCUAGGCCAGAGGAUACCUCACCUUCCAGCUUUGAGUAUACCAUCCUAGACUCCAGCUCUCAGCUCUUGCGCCCUCGGGCACUGCCCCCUCAGCUACCUCCCACCCCUCCUCACCUAAAGUACCUGUACCUCGUGGUAUCUGAUUCAGGCAUCUCAACAGAUUACAGUUCAGGAGGCUCCCAGGGAGUCCAUGGGGACUCAUCCAAUGGCCCCUUCUCUCACCCUUAUGAGAACAGCCUGUCCCAGCCCCAGAGCCUCUGCCCACAUGGUCUGCUGUAAGGACUUCAGCCUGAAAAAGCCUGGGGAUCCAAGAGGACCCCAAGCUCAGGACUUUCUGAACAGGGCUGGUGAAGCCACACUCACAGGUAAGAAGAGCACAGCUAACCUCAGCUCUCUAUCCAGUCCAUCCUUCUCAG